AUGACACGCGCAGACGGAUACGUUGAACCUGCUCCGGGAAUUUCCUACUUCACGCCGGCACAGAGCACGCCGGCUGGGACAGCCGCCAAUCCUCAGAGCAACGGAAAAAAGGUGCCGAAACUGUUCCAACCGUUGACCGUGCGAGGGGUGACGUUCCAAAACCGCAUUGGGCUGGCUCCUCUCUGCCAGUAUUCCGCCCACGAUGGCCAUAUGACCGACUGGCAUGUGGCGCAUCUGGGCGGCAUCGCUCAGCGCGGACCCGGAUUGUUGAUCAUCGAGGCGACCGCGGUGCAGGCCGAGGGGCGCAUUACACCGCAGGACGUUGGUCUGUGGAAGGACUCGCAUAUUGAGCCAAUGCGUCGGGUGAUCGACUUCGUGCACAGUCAAGGGCAGAAGAUCGGUGUUCAGCUGGCUCAUGCUGGUCGUAAGGCUAGCACCGUGCCCCCAUGGAUCACCACCGCGGUGACAGCCACGGAAGAGGUCGGCGGAUGGCCCGCCAACGUCAAGGGACCUGGUGAUAUCCCCUAUUCCGAUGAGUUCCCGGCCCCGAAAGCCAUGACCAAGGAGGAUAUCACGGCGUUUAAAAACGCCUGGGUGGCGGCCGUUAAGCGCGCCCUUGCUGCCGGAUCGGACUUUAUUGAGAUUCAUAAUGCCCAUGGAUACCUUCUGUCGUCGUUUUUGUCGCCGUCAGCGAAUAACCGCACCGACGAGUACGGCGGUUCCUUCGAGAACCGUAUCCGUCUCUCGCUAGAAAUCGCCCAGUUGACCCGUGACACGGCUGGGCCUGACGUUCCGGUGUUUUUGCGUAUUUCGGCCACGGAUUGGCUCGAGGAGACCCUGCCCGAGCAGGGCUGGCGGUCUGAGGAUACUGUGCGAUUCGCGCAGACGCUCGUUCAACAGGGUGCUGUGGAUUUGAUCGAUAUCAGCUCCGGGGGCGUGCACCAGGCGCAGAAAGUCAUAUCGGGACCGGGAUUCCAGGUACCGUUUGCCGUGGCUGUCAAAAAGGCUGUCGGGGAUAAGCUGUUGGUGGCCGCGGUGGGUGCCAUCACCACGGGCAAACAGGCCAACCAGGUGCUAGAGGAGGACGGAAUCGACGUGGCUCUAGUCGGUCGAGGAUUCCAGAAAGAUCCCGGUUUGGCCUGGACGUUCGCUCAGCAUUUGGAUGUGGAGCUGUCGCAGGCAGCGCAGAUUCGCUGGGGAUUUACCAGUCGGCGCACAGGAACGCCGUAUAUUCAGCCUUCUGUUUAUAAGUUUUCGCUUUUUGAUUAA